UUUGAGCGACAACUUGAAAUGUCUCUGUUAGGCACCUCCGAAUAUCUUGUACCGAGUGAUGCAUAUGAUCAGCAAAGGAGGUCCAAUUCAACGUGUUUAUUUUUAAAACGAUUUCUAAAAGUGUUGGCCUACAUCACUCUGAGCUUUGUAGUAACCAUGUUUGUGAGAUUGUGUUUAGACCGAAACGGUGUUAUGGGAAUAGUAUCAAACGUCACAACAAAAUCAGUAAACGAAACAAGAAAUCAAACGGAAAACAUUCCGAUGCUCCAGUUUCUCACAGGCAAUGAACCGUAUUCCAUUAGCCAGGAAACCGUUUACGCCGCGUUUACCAUCGACCAGGAUACUUUGAAGGAAUCUCAUAUAUUUCGAUGGAAGAAGUCAGAGGGAUCCAAUUCGGUUCUCCAAAGUAAUAAUGACCCUUGUAUCGUAUUAAUACAACCGGGAUUGUACGGAACGUUUUCACAAAUCACGUUCAAGUUCAGUCCAUCGUCACUGGAUCGUGUCGGGCACUCUCUCUACGUCAUAAGCAACGUAACUGGAAACGAAACCGAAACCAUGAUCACGAAGAGGACUCUUGAUAAACCCCAACUCACUCCGAAUACCUACGUGUAUUUGCUGCCAAGCAAUAUCAAUGCGUUCGUCAGUAUUGGUUCAGGCGAUAAGGUGUGCGUUAGCCCCUCGACUUCGGAUAUGGUUUACAUAUCGGCAGUGGACAAUACUCUGACGGCUGUAAGAUUUAAAUCCUAAUGUAUGCACUUACACAACUGUCGAUAGGAUUUUCCACAACUACCUCGAUCUGUAAAAGAUCUCAGGACAUCCAUCAAUCAUUAUUUAUUAUAUAUUUAUAUAAGACAUUUUCACAGAGUUUUAUGUACUAUUUUAUUAAAUAAUGAAUCACAA